AUGGCUCGCUAUAAAGAUGCAAAUCCAAAGGGAAUGAGACAAGUCCUGGAGUGCCUGGUCGGCCUCUUUAACAAAAACUCCCAGGAAACCGACAAAGAUUUAAUCAGAUCCAAGAUUACUGAGACAACCAUCCCUAGCAUUAUCCUUGGCGAGCCUCGCUCGCGACUUAAGGCGUCUUUCGUCUCUUUGGAGACUCUACUACGGAAGGGCGCAAUCUCUCCCGUUGAGUUUAUCUCAAUGGUAGAGAGCUGGCUUCUGGAGAAUCGUGAAAGAUGGAUCUCACUCCUUCAGGAGGAUUGCAAAUCUCUGUCUAUAGAUAUCACUCGCUUCCUCGGAAGUGCUCCAAGCUCCGAGUCGAAACAAAUUGUGGCCGAGAUCCUUCUUUUGAGAUUACUAACCCAAGCUAAAACAGCAGAACUUGCUGCUUCAUCAGGGGAUUUAAUGGCUGCAUUCUUCCAGAAAGUGAAAAGCCUUGACACGUCCGCGUCAUCAUCUCAAGAGAUUUCUCAGAACUUGUCAUCAAUUUGGGUGACUCCAGUUAGGCACCUUGCGCUGCAGAACCUGGAUAAUCUAGAGCUGAUGUCUAAUUACACCCUUCAGCCUUUAUUUAAACUUGACCAUAUUGGCUUUAGAGCAUUUUUAGACAAGCUACAUUUGAAGAACUUGCUCGCAGGGGAUAUGAGUGAAGCGCCAUUACCAGAGCUGACGCUUCUCUUCGCAUCGCUGCAGAUGGCAAAGAAAGUUGGCUUGGUCCACGAGGAUAACUACAUUCCCAAAGUGGGGUCUUCGGCCAAUGACGCCCAGAAUGCGCUCGUUCUCAAGAGCGAAAUGAUUGGCCAGUUCCUAUUCCAUAGAGAACAUAGUAUUAGGAUAGCAGCACUUUCACUCCUGAUUACGGCACCCGCGACAACAAAGCCCGUUUCUUCAGCCACAAUAAGAGCUAUAUUGAAAGGCCUGCCCUCUAUACACUCUGAAUCUGCAGACCCAUACGCCAGAGGAGAGAUCCUGAGCUUGAUACGCAAACUGAUUCCUCGUCUCAAAGGUGGUAUUCUGAGCGAACAUGAAAACUUGGCCGAGACAAAUGUUCCAAAUAGCAGAAAGCAUCAGCCGAAGUUUGCCCGUGACGAUUCUGAGACGCAAGAGUGCUUGAAAGAAUACCUGGAGUUACUGAAAGAUGACCUGCGAUCUACAGCCUCUUACCCGCGUCACAUCAUGGCAUUGAAAACAUUGAUCCAUCUACUUGAAUCUGGCCUCGACGCCCGGUACGCUGGUCACAUUGCUGCCAAACAGGCGGGAAACGUGACAAAGUGGCGACUCAACGUGGAUGUGUUUGAGCCGAGCUUGCUCAGAUUGCUGGUAGACCUUUUACUGGAUCCAUAUGAGGAAGUGCGGGCCACAUCCCUCACUUUGCUUAAUUUGUUUCCUCGGGACGUCUUAUUAAGUGGUUAUGUGCAAUCCGGAAGCAAGAGGAACCAUGAGAAGCCGCAGCUCGUAGACGCCUUGAAUAGAGCAGAACAAUUGGCAAGUAACACUAGUAGAGCUGACCACGCCGAUACUGUCGCUCGCUUGUAUCACAUAUUCUUUACAGCAGCAGACGAUGAUAGUUCGAAAGUGGCGGAGAGCUGGUGGGAAACCAAACAAGGAGUUGUCGAUAAUCUCCUGAAGAAACUGGAAGAGAAACUAUCCCUUACAGGUGGUCUCUUCAACUCUUCUAUGCGUGAUGCGCCCCUACACGGUUACGUCUCUGCUCUUAGAUAUAUUGUCCUGACCCCUGAUUUCCAUGUCUUGAUCUCGAACGCACAGACAAGUUACCAGGCCUGGCGAGCCGUACACUCGAGGGUAGUGGCUGUUUGUGACAAGAUUUGGAUUGAAGUGAGACCUGUACUCUGUAUUGAUUCGCCAGAAGGCCACACCGAUGAGCCCAUUGACGAUCUAGCCGUCGGCCCUAAGGACAUCCUUUCUUAUUCUUGGCGUGCACUUCGGGAGUCGAGUCUCCUGCUUUACGCAACACUCGCCAAUAGGACGUACGGUCCGAAGGGAGAAUUAGGUUUAACGAAGGGCGACUUUGAGACAGUAGGAGUCGCAAGCUUCACACAGCUGGCCGAGCUUCGCCAUAGGGGUGCAUUCUCGACGGUGUCUCAAACCUUUGCCACCUGUUGUUUGCGUUGCGGACAGUCGAGUGAUCCUGAGAUUGCAAGCCUACCUCAUAGAUGGUAUCAGCUCUUCCAAGAUGUCAUCAAAGAUCUUGUCGAGAUAUCUCACCUUCCAGUACAACAAGAUGAUGAUAACCAGGAGAUGGAGUUGCCUCAAGUUCAUGCUCUGAACUGUCUGAAAGAAAUCUUCACCAAUAACAAGGUUGGCGCUCACACAGAGCCGUUUAUCAUGCCCGCUUUGAAUCUGUCGGCUGAGCAGCUGGGGUCGCCAGUUUGGAACCUGAGAAACUCUGGAUUGAUGCUCUUCCGAGCUUUACUAACGCGCAUGUGUCGCAGGGGUACUGGUCUAGGGUUCGGCGGUAGCUCCGGAUCGGAACCCGGCGGUAGAAUUUCUUUCCAGAAAUAUCCGGGUCUCAUCCAGCUACUAUCUGACCUUCUGUCGUCAUCGGAUGCGAGAAAUAACGCUGAACAGGGUGAUCAUGCGAUGGUCACUGAGCGAGUCUUCCCAGCUUUGGAACUCAUUGCGGAGAAAGUCCCGAAUGUUUAUGAUACAGACGACGCGAUGCUGCUAGGACUAGUCCGGGAACAGCUCAAGAGUCCGGUGUGGGGCAUUAGAGAGCACGCGGCUCGUGUUUAUGCAUCCUUGCUGAAUCGCCCGGACAUUCUGAAAGAUAUCCAAACACUGCUUGAUAUUGAUCGGGAUUCGAAGGCACAGGACUAUCUUCAUGGAAAGGCACUGUCUAUCAAGUAUGCCUUGCGCAGGUUCGGAUCUGCGUCGCUUUCGUUCUGGAAUGAACAUAUCCACGAAGUAUCUGCGGCUUUGCGACAGAUCUUUGCCACAUUGUUCCCAAUUGCAGAAUCUCCAUUCGUUGCGAACACUUUGCUGGAGAUCCUGGGAGAAUCGGUGGAGAAGAGCUUUGAGUCAGGGACGGAAGAAAAAUUGUUGAUGACUAUCUGCUACACAUACGACUCGAACGGAUUCCAGGAUAUCCUGGAGUAUCUUUUUGAUUCUUCGAAUCCUAAUUACAAUUCACUGAGCACGACUCGUGCUUCUUCUAUGCUCCGGAGAUCUCUUUCGUGGGUUGGAGUACUGCAGAUGUUUGUGACCGGUGAAUUGGAUGAGCUUGCGUCAUUCGUCAAGACCAUUUCGACGUUCGAUCCCAAUGCUGGUGUAUGGCUGCUCCAGCGGAUACAGGAUGUAAUCGGAAGAAAGGACAAAUACCGAAAGACCUUGCUGCAACUGUACCCUUCUAUCAUCCUGGGCGACUACUCCGAAGGUGUGAAGGGCUCAGCUAUCGCAUCCCUAGCAUCCAUCCUGGAAGAUCUACUUGACUUCCAUCAUGAUAAAUUCAAGGACGUGGACUUGCCAUGGGAGGAGUUAAACCAACAUAUCAACUGCAGCCCGAAUGGCGAAGUGUGGGGUAGAGACCGAUCAGACGCCGGGAUACGUCUCCAAGGAUGUCUUCUCGCAGCGAAGGCCAUUUCCAAGCAAGGUCAGAUUUCCGAGACAGACAUUCGCAGGUGGGCCACGAAACUCCGAUUCGCGAUGGAAGAAGAAACAGAAUUUACCACUCGAGAUGCGGCAGUGACCUCACUAACAGCAUUUGCACGCGUACUGCGGAGCAAAGGCAAGGCCCCGCUUGUGGACAAGGUGUACUUGGAGAUCUACCUUAUCCUAUAUGACAUGCUGAGCGACGACGACGAAGAGCUGCGUGAUAUGGCUGCCGGAACUGCCUCCUGGGUUUUGUCAUAUUCCUCCGUGGCCCCCUCCAAGACGGUUGCCUUGUCUCCCUUGAACGCUGGCCAGCUCCUUGCCGACUUCAUGGUCGAUAACUACCCCGAGUCUCAACUCUUGUCCACUAAAGCAAUCCAGUAUAUCACGGGGGAAGAACCGAAGCUCAGCGGCUCUGUCGAACGCACAAAGCUUGCGACGGUAGAAGCACAACUUGCCGAACUGAGAAAGGAGAGCACGACCUUGUUCGAAGAAGAGAGACAAAACCUGUUCAUUGAGGAAAUCCGCGAAGUCGAUAUCUGGUCCUGUAGACUUCUCGGGCUGAGAGAAGCUGCCUUCAGCGAGCGUGGAGUCAAGGAGACCUCGAAAUGGGUGUCUGACGGCCUCUCUUACGUCGCAGAUAUUAUGGCAAAUGAGUCCGAAAAGGACGGACUGGUCGGCUGGGCCUCGAAGCCAGAAACGUUCACCCUGGGCGUGAGACUGAUUAGCCUCGCGGCCGUGUUGGUGUCAGAGGAGUUUGCAGCUUCUGGCUACCUGUAUGAAGACCGGACUGCUCUUAAGGAGAAGCUGCAGAAGUUACUUGCCAAUGGGGAAACGGCAUUGCUGCAUGAUAACUGGAUUGCGAGAAUCCAGAAUGCAUUGGGUAUUGAGGGUUAG